AUGGGUUAUAUACAAAAAUUAAUGUUACCACCUACACCAAGUGCAGCGGAUUUACUUCGUACAUAUAAAUUACCAGCUUUACGUCGAUUUGCACAAAAUUUUUUGUUAGAUCCUCGUGGAACAAGUAAAUUUGUCGCAUGUGCAGGCAAUAUUGAAAAUAAAUUUGUAAUUGAAGUUGGACCUGGACCAGGAGGUAUAACAAGACAAUUAUUUGAACAUGGAGCAGCACAAGUAGCAGCUAUUGAAAAAGAUAUUCGAUUAUUUCCUGCAUUACAAGUAAUUACUUAGCAGACAUA